AUGGCGUGCAACGAGAAUGAACAACUUAGCAUACUUUUAGAGGAAUGUGUUACGAAGCUUGAGCGCGGAGGUACAGCCUUAAACACAUUAAAGAUCCAGUUUAUCUUGCAAACGAAUUACGACAAACUCCAGCACUUGAUCGACAAGCACCUGAAGACCAUACAGAAGUGCUUGCAGCCCCUCCACUCGGAGAUCCUGGACGCCGAUCCUGAUCCGACGAAUGAGGCUGAGAUGAAGAAGCUAUUCCGCAAGAUAUCCAUCUACAUCAUACUUGCAAGUGGGCUGGGGAACCCUGGCUAUAUUAUUACUUUAAAAGAAGGCAUGGCGGCGUUAGAGAGCGUGUUCUUGCUGGACGACCUGAAGACAUUCGUAAGCCUCCCGCGAUCUGAGAAGAGCCUUCAGUUGGAGGACCUGCUGGCCCUCGUGUCCGGGGUCCGGCUCUUCAACAGGACUGCAAAAAGGGGGAGAGGGAUACCGACCAGUACUGUUCCCUUCAACCUGGUGGACGCCGGCAAGGCGUGCAUGGCAUCUCUCUCGCACUCGCUCAUCACGGUGAUGCAGCGAGUGAACAGGCUGACCACAGCCAUCGAGGACACGAUCGUCGUGCAGGAGAGACCGAGUUUCAUCCGCAAGCUGCUCUCGGACGUCGAGUCUAUGACGCAGAAGGGUGCGCAGUAUGUGGAGCGAGUGAAGGCGGUGCUGGAGGAACUGCACACGGCUGUCAAGUACAAGGCCGCUGUGCCUGUUGUUAAUGUGUUUCCUCUAUUCGCGAAGCUAUGGAAGGUGUGGCGAGCGAUGCAGAACGUGAUGUUCCUGGUGUCCACGGUGAACCGCCUCAUGUCCAUCCUCGCAUUCCUAGGCUUCUGCGCGUUAUGCCUGAGCGCGGGCGCGCUGGUGCCUAGCAACAUGAAGAUCGGACUGAUCAAGGCGAAGGAGGCUGCUACGGGGUUCUGCAGCGUCAAGAUGGCUGCUAGGUUCAGCAAGGACCAGAGACCGAAAAUCAAGGUGUUCGACAAGGACAUUCAGACGGAGGACCACCCGGUCGAAUCGUAUAAAGAGAAGAACUACACGUCGGACCUCUGGGAGUGGAAGAGGAGGGCUUGCCAGUGGGCUUCGAUAGUAAACUGUCAAACGCAUUCGACUCAAACAUACUACAGCCACCUUCGCUCUGAGGUCCACUGUCAAACUGUGGAGCCGAGGGACAAGUGUCUCCAGACCAAGAAGGAUACGGGCAUGAACACCGUCCCGUGGAACACGUACAUAUGGGGUCUGCGAGGACAGAAGGGCUGUGUCCAACACACCAUGAAGAUGAAACAACGGACCUCGUUGCCGAAACCAAGAGAGGAGACCACUAUGCGUUUGCCCUGUCUGGAAUUCAGAGACAGUUCAACUGACGUGUUGACGAUGCAGAGCCAUUGUUACUAAAUAGUUCAAAGAGCCAAGAUUAUCUAUUAAGAGUCGUUUUUACUCUAGUAAAGUAAAUAAAUUUAGUAACGUCAUAUGUUAGUCACUUUUCUAAAAUAAAAUAAAAAUAAUAAUAAUAAAAUAAUAAAAGCGCCGCGCUCGCCCAAGCAGGGGCCCGCGCCCACCAUCAACCAGCUCAAGUCCAGCCCCAGCAGCCCCGCGCACCAGCCCCCACCCCCCAUGGGGGGCUACAUGAUGAACAACAACUUCGCGAGCCCCCAACAGAACAUCAUGCGGCCCGCCUUCCCCAACCAAAACUCCUUCCUCCAAUGAUAUUGGUUGCUGGCAGAUAUUUGCCAGAGUGGUUGAGUUACAUAGACUAAGGUAUGUAGGGAGCAAUGGUAUACCUACUUGAUACUUAUCAUUCGUUCAUAUGAUUACUAAUCGUUAUAUCUUUAUGAUUUGACAUAUCAUAUAUAUUGGCAUUCCUGUUCAUUUUGCAAGUGUAUAUGCUUCGUAAUGCCUUACCUUAGAUGUCCCCUAAUUUAUUGAUAUUAGUCAAUGUGUCACCAGGGCCCCGAUUUUGCCAAUACAAUAAUUGGAACUUAAUUGUAUUGACCUUGAGUUUAGUUAGUUUAGUUUCCAAUUAUUGUGUAGAGAAAUGCUUAAGAUAAAACGAAAAUUGUAAUUUUAAGCCAAAUUUCAUCGGCCAUUUUAAAUGGCAGAAUUGGGGCUCAGAUGAUAUGUAAGACAAUAAGCGCAGACUGACGGGUGCAGCGUGUGUCGCGUCUGAGGUGUCGUGACCUACCAUUGCUCCACAUAAUCCCCUCCUAUCAACGUGGGUUUCGAGAAUUAGUACUAAUGUGAAAUAAAACAUUUUUAUACGAAUUUGAUAUUAGAAAGAUUUGUUUCGGGAACCCACAUCAUGUACAUAGGUACAUAUCAAAUUAUAUCGCCUGAUAUUA